CUGGUGGCCAGCGCCAGGGGCAACGUGGCCUUCGUGGCGCUGCGCGGCGAGCGGGGCCGCUGUGCGGCCGUGCCGGCCUGCGAGCACGUCUUCGUGUGGGACACGCGGAAAGGAGAGAAGGUUCUUAUCCUUAAGGGUCUCAAGCAGCAGGUCAGUUGCCUCUGCCCUUCUCCAGAUGGGUUGCACUUGGCUGUUGGGUAUGAAGAUGGAUCAAUCCGUGUCUUCAGCCUCCUAAGUGGAGAAGCAAAUAUCACUUUCAAUGGACACAAGGCUGCAGUUACAGCCCUGCAGUAUGACCAUCUGGGUGGCCGGCUAGUAUCUGGCUCAAAGGACACAGAUGUCAUUGUGUGGGAUGUCAUCAAUGAGAGCGGGCUGUACCGGCUGAAAGGACACAAGGAUGCUGUCACUCAAGUCCUUUUCUUGAAGGAGAAGAACCUGUUGGUCACCAGUGGCAAAGACACGCUGGUGAAAUGGUGGGAUCUGGACACCCAGCACUGCUUCAAAACUCUGGUUGGACACCGUACUGAGGUGUGGGGGAUGGCUUUGAUAUCCGAAGAGAAGCGUCUGAUCACUGGGAGUGCUGACAGUGAGCUGAGGGUGUGGGAUAUCGCUUAUAUCCAGGAGGUAAAAGACCCUGAUGAGCCAGAAUCCAAGAAAAGCAAAGGUUCUUCACCUGGAGCAGAAGAAAACACUGAAGAGGAUGAGACCCUAGAAUUGGAUGAGCGUCCUGAGGAAGUAAGCUCAUGCAGUAAAGUUGGAUCCAUCAUGCGGGAAGGGAGAGACCGAAUAGUUACUCUUGCCACAGACCAAACAGGCAAGAUUUUGGCCUGCCAUGGAACAGAUGCUGUUCUGGAAGUGUUCUCUGUCCUUUCUGAAGAGGAAGUCCGAAGAAAGUUGGAAAAGAAAAUGAAGAAAGCAAAGAAAAAAGCCAAACAGAACUCUGAAGAGGAGCCUGAAAAGAGUGUGGAGCUGAGCCUGCAGGAGAAGAUUCAGCGGGUCACUAACGUCAGAGCUUCUUCUAAAAUCAAGUCAUUUGACUUGAUUCUCUCUCCAAAAGGAGAGCUGAAGAUCAUACUCCUGCUCCAGAAUAACAUCAUUGAGUCGUACAACCUGAACCUGUCAGCACAAGUCCCACAGGCUGUCCGUGUGUCCAAGAUAACCAUUGGAGGCCACCGCAGUGAUGUCAGGACGUUGGCUUUUAGCUCUGACAACAUUGCAAUUCUCUCAGCAGCUGCAGAGUCUGUAAAGAUUUGGAACAGAUCGACCUUGCAGUGCAUUCGGACAAUGGACUGUGAGUAUGCGCUCUGCUCACUCUUCGUCCCAGGAGAUCGGCAGGUCAUCAUUGGCACCAAGACAGGGAAGCUGCAGCUGUAUGACCUGGCUUCUGGGAGUCUAGUGGAGACAAUUAGUGCUCAUGAUGGGGCAGUGUGGUCCAUUGCUCUUUCACCAGACCAGCGUGGCUUCGUGACGGGAAGUGCUGAUAAAUGUGUCAAGUUCUGGGAGUUUGAGCUUGUGAAGGAUGAGAGCAGUGGUCAGAAAAGGCUUUCCAUGAAACAUGUGCGCAUUUUGCAGCUGGAUGAAGAUGUUCUCUGCGUGCGCUACAGCCCCAGCCAGAAACUGCUGGCUGUCUCCUUACUGGAUUGCACUGUGAAGAUUUUCUACAUUGACACACUCAAGUUUUUCCUCUCUCUGUAUGGACACAAGCUGCCAGUGCUGUGUAUGGACAUCUCCUAUGAUGGGACUCUAAUUGCGACCGGCUCUGCUGACAGGAACGUGAAGAUUUGGGGCUUGGAUUUUGGGGACUGUCACCGCUCUCUCUUUGCCCAUGAUGACAGUGUGAUGUAUCUGCAGUUCGUGGCGAAAUCCCAUCUCUUCUUCACAGCUGGAAAGGACAGCAAGAUUAAACAGUGGGAUGCAGAUAAAUUUGAGCACAUCCAGACGCUGGAGGGGCAUCACCAGGAGGUGUGGUGUUUGGCACUCAGUCCCAAUGGAGACUACGUGGUGUCGGCCUCCCAUGACAAGUCCCUGCGCCUCUGGGAAAGGACAAGGGAGCCACUUGUUUUGGAAGAGGAGAGGGAGAUGCAACGAGAAGCAGAAUAUGAAGAGAGUGUGUCGAAGGAAGAGCAGCCUGUGGUGGCCAGAGAGACGCAAGGAGAGACGGGGCUGGCAGGAAAGAAGACUAUUGAAACCAUCAAAGCGGCUGAGCGGAUCAUGGAAGCUAUCGAGCUGUAUAGAGAAGAGACGGCAAAACUAAAGGAACACAAGGCCAUAUGCAAAGCUGCGGGAAAAGAGAUUCCCUUUCCUGUCAAUCCUAUCCUCCGUGCAUAUGGAAAUAUUACACCUUCUCUGUACGUGCUAGAAGUUUUCAAGAAGAUCAAGUCGAGUGAGCUGGAAGAGUCUCUCCUGGUGCUGCCCUUCUCCUAUGUUCCUGACCUGCUCAGACUUUUCAAUGAAUAUAUUCACCUGGGCUCAGAAGUUGAACUUCUGUGCCGAGCUCUCCUCUUCCUGCUCAAGAUACAUUUUGGACAGAUCACAAGCAACCAUAUGCUGGUGACAGUGAUAGAAAAUCUGAAGAAAACCACCAUCUCCAGAGUCAGUGAGGCCCGGGAUGUGCUGGGAUUCAACAUGGCAGGGCUCCAGUACCUGAAGAGAGAGAUUGAGGCCAAGGAUGAGGUGACAUUUUUUGCUGAUGCUACUGACCGAUUUGAGGAGAAGAGGAGGAAGAGGAAGAAGAAAGAGAAGAUGGUCCUUGCAGUGCUCUAG